AUGUUCGUUCGAGAUCCAUCCACUGGCGAUCCUUCUACCAGCGUCAAAAUGAUUUCCCUACAUGCGUUGGCGUCUUUUAUCCUACCUGCUCAGUCAACGUCGCUGAAAGUUUUUGACCAGCCAGCCAAAUCUGGUCAGAGGUCUUACAAUCCUAGCGAGCCGCCACCUGCGGCGCGGUUUACCGCCAAGAUACACCCUCGAGAGCGAGAGGUUUCGGCGGAAGUGAACGGGUUUUUCCUCAAUCACUGGCCAUUUGCAGAUUCGAAAUCCAGGAAGAAGUUCGUGGCUGCGGGUUUCCCACAAGUCACCUGCUUCUACUAUCCUACCGCGUUGAACGACAGGAUUUCUUUCGCCUGUUAUCUUUUAACGCUUUUGUUCUUAAUUGAUGAUCUCUUGGAAGACAUGUCUUUUGAAGCAGGCUCUUCCUACAACGAGAGACUCAUACUACUCUCCAAGGGGGAGUCGUUGCCAGAUCGCAGUGUCCCAGUCGAAUGGAUAACUUAUGACCUGUGGAAUGAUAUGAGGACUUGCGAUGAAGUCCUUGCCAAUGAGAUCCUUGAACCAGUAUUUACGUUCAUGCGCGCUCAAACUGACAAGACGCGACUACAAAUCAAGGAGUUGGGGCACUAUUUGAAGUAUCGAGAAAAGGACGUUGGCAAAGCCAUGAGCCUGCAUCUUAGCCCUGAAGACCUGAGCUCGGUCGAAGAUAUUGAGCUUAACUGUUCAAAACAUAUCUCUGUUGUCAACGAUAUCUAUAGCUGGGAAAAGGAGUUGAAGGCUUCCCAGAUAGGCCAUAAGGAAGGAUCCGCUUUGUGUUCAUCCGUGUCAGUCUUGACUUCGGAGACUAGCCUGGACUAUUCGGCGUCGAAGCGCAUAUUGUGGAUAAUGUGUCGCGAAUGGGAGCUUCUUCAUAGUAAGCUGGUCACUAGUAGAAUUUCUAGUGCUGCGGGCUGUGGUUCUGACUUGCAGGCGUUUAUGAAAGGCUUGGAGUAUCAAAUGAGUGGGAAUGAGGCGUGGAGCAGCAUUACACCGAGAUACCAUUCGAUUUAG